GGCACCAUACUGCACAGGCAAUAUACUUUGUGUCUGUUCUUUUGGCAAGAGGACGAACCAUCUGCAAACUUUUGGCAACUGGAAGAUGCUAUGAUCCCCAACCUCACAGUUCUGCUUUGUCUUGGACUGAUUGUGUGCCCCAGGAACCCAGUGGUAGCAGGGGUCCUCUCUAAACCCACACUCAGAGCUGUGCCAGGUAAUGUGGUAACCACUGGGGAGCAGGUAACUCUAAUUUGUGAAGGCCCCUUAGAUGCCCAGGAAUACAAGCUCUAUAAAGAAGGAAAUCCAGAUUUCCAGAUACCAACAGCUUAUGAAGACACUGAAAAAAAGAACAAGAUCAUUAUCUCAUCCAUUAGAACUCACGAUGCAGGCCAAUAUCGGUGUUAUUAUAAAAGCCCUAAUGGCACAUCAGAAAUCAGUGACACCCUGGAGCUUGUCAUAACAGGAGUCUACUCCAGCAAAGUCACCCUUUCAUCCCUGCCCAGCCCUGUGGUGACCUCAGGAGGUUAUGUGACUCUUCAGUGCUCCUCACAAGAAGAAUAUAACAGUUUCAUUCUAGUGAAGGAAGAUCAAAAUUUUUCCAUGCGCAUGGCCUCACAGAACACAUACACUGGUGUAUUCCAGGCCCUGUUCACAGUGGGUCCUGUGACUUCACAACAGAGAUGGAGAUUCACAUGCUAUGGCUAUUACCUGAACAACUUACAGCUGUGGUCACUACCCAGUAACAGCCUAGAACUCCUGGUCUCAGGGACCCUCCACAAACCUACCAUCUGGGCUGAGCCAGGCACUCUGAUCACAUUAGAUAGUCCUGUCACCAUCUGGUGUGAGGGGACCAGAGAAACCCAAAAAUAUGUGCUACAUAAAGAGGGAAGUGCAGAACCCUGGGACAGACAGACCCAAAAGGAUCACAACAAUAAGGCAAAAUUCACUAUCCCUUCCAUGACAAAAAUGCAUGCAGGGAAAUAUCACUGUUACUGUUACAACUCUGCUGGGUGGUCACAAAACAGUGACACCUUGGAGCUGGUGGUGACAGGAGUCUAUCCAAGCAAAGUCUCCUUGUCAGCCCAGCAUAGCUCUGUGGUGACCUCAGGAGACUAUGUGACCCUUAAGUGUUUCUCACAGCAUGGAUAUAACAGGUUCAUUCUAAUUAUGGAAGAUGAGAAAUUCUCCAGGCACAUGGACUCACAGUAUACAUACUACAGGGACUUCUGGGCGCUGUUCACUGUGGGUCCUGUGAAUCCCCAAAAGAGAUGGAUUUUCACAUGCUAUGGCUAUUACUGGAACAGUCCCCAGCUGUGGUCAGUACCCAGUAACCAUCUAGAGCUCCUAAUCUCAGGGACCCUCCACAAAUCCAUCAUCUGGGCUGAGCCAAGCACUCUGAUCACAUUAGGGAGUCCUGUCACCAUCUGGUGUGAGGGGACCAGAGACACCCAAAUGUAUGUGCUACAUAAAGAGGGAAACCUAGAACCCGGGGACAGACCGACCCAAAAGAAUGACAACAAUAAGGCAAAAUUCACCAUCCUGUCUGUGACAACACUGCAUGCAGGGAAAUAUCACUGUUACUCCUACAGCUCUGCAGGGUGGUCAGAGCGCAGUGAUACCCUGGAGCUGGUGGUGACAGGUGUCUCCAUCAAACCCAGACUGACAGCCCUGAACAGCCCUGUUGUAACCAUAGGACAGUCUGUGACCCUCUCAUGUACCUCAAAUCAGAGAUACAAUGGGUUCAGUUUAAUUAAGAACAAUCAGAAGUUUUCCAGCUUCAUGGGCUCACAGAAUGUACGUACUGGACUGUCUUCUGCCACGUUCCAAGUGCGUCUCACGACCUCCAGCCAAAGAUGGAGUUUCAGAUGCUAUGGCUAUCACUCAAGCAACCCUCAAGUGUGGUCAGAAGGGAGUGACAUGCUGGAGCUUCUAGUCUCAGGGAUGCUCCAGAAACCCAGCAUCUGGGCUGAGCCAGGCUCUGUGAUCACCUCAGGGAAUCCUGUGACAGUCUGGUGUGAGGGGACAAUGGAAACUCAAAUAUAUUUCCUGUAUAAAGAAGGAAGCCCCGCACCCUCAGGCAGAUUGACUGCACCAGUACCUGAUCACAAGGCCAAGUUUUCCAUCCCAACCAUGACAGAGUAUAAUGCAGGACGAUAUUACUGUUACUGUUAUAACUCUGCUGGGUGGACACAGCAGAGUGACACCCUGGAACUGGUGGUGACAGGUGUCUACAACAAACCCACCCUGUCUGAACUGCCGAACCCUGUUGUAGCCUUAGGAGGAUCUGUAAUCCUUUCAUGUACCUCAAAUCAGAGAUAUGAUGGGUUUGUUUUAAUUAAGGAUGAGCAGUUGUACAGCUCCAUGGACUCACAAUAUGUAUAUUAUGGCCAUUCUUCAGCCAGAUUCCAAGUGGGUCCCAUCACUCUCAGAGAAAGAUGGAGUUUCAGAUGCUAUGGUUAUCACGCAAGCAAGCCUCAAGUGUGGUCAGAAGGGAGUGACAUCCUGGAGCUUCUAGUCUCAGGGACCCUCCAGAAACCCAGCAUCUGGGCUGAGCCAAGUUCUGUGAUCACCUCAGGGAAUCCUGUGACAAUCUGGUGUGAGGGAACCAUGGAAACUCAAAUAUAUUUCCUGUAUAAAGAAGAAAGCCCAGCACCCUCAGGUAGAUUGACUGCACCAGUACCUGAUCACAAGGCCAAGUUUUCCAUCCCAUCCAUGACAGAGUAUAAUGCAGGACGAUAUCACUGUUACUGUUAUAACUCUGCUGGGUGGACACAGCACAGUGACUCCCUGGAACUGGUGGUGACAGGUUUCUACCAUGGUAAACCUACUCUGUCAGCCUUGCCCAGCCCUGUGGUGACCUCAAGUGGGAAUGUAACCCUCCAAUGUGUCUCAUCAAAAAGAUACCAUUGGUUCACUGUGACUGGGGAAGAUCAGAAUUUCUCCAGGUCCCUCAAGGCACAGUACAUAGACACUGGACAGUCCCAGGCUCUGUUUCCUGAGAUCCCUGUGACAUCCAUCAAGAAUGGGCCCUUUAGAUGUUAUGGAUACUUCAGAAGUAAAUCACAUAUCUGGUCAGAGGCCAGUAACCCUCUGGAGAUAUAUGUCUCAGGGUCAUCCAGGAAGCCCUCCCUGAUAACCCCCCAAGGACCCCUCCUGGCACCUGGAGAGAGACUGACCCUCAAGUGUUACUCAGACAUGAGUUAUGACAGAUUUGCUCUUUCCAAGGAGGGUGGAAGUGAUGUCCCACAGAUGUCUGCCCAUUUUACCCAGGCUGGAGAGUCUCAUGCAAACUUCACCUUACACUCUGUGGAUUUCACCACUGGUGGCCGGUAUAGAUGCCAUGGCUCAUACAGCAUCUCUUCUGAGUGGUCAGCCCCCAGUGACCCUCUGGACAUCCUGAUCACAGGAAAACUCUUUGUCACACCCAACCUCUCAGUGCAUCCAGGCACCACCAUGUCCUCAGGAGAGAAUGUGAUCCUGUUGUGUAAAUCAUCAAUCCCAGUGAACAGUUUCCUUCUGUUCAAGCAGGGUGCAUUGCAUUCUCACAUGCGUCAAAUAUCAAAGCUCCAAGAUUCACAAUAUCAGGCAGAGUUCUCCAUGAGUGCUGUGACCCCAUCCCUUGGGGGUACCUAUAUGUGCUUUGGUUAUCAAAGCUCAUCUCCAUACCUGUUGUCACACCCCAGUACACCCGUGGAGAUCAUAGUCUCAGGACUAGCAAGAUACCAGAAGAUUUUGAUUGGAGUUUCUGUGGGAUUCCUUCUGCUGCUCUUCCUUCUUACCCUAUUCCUUCUGCUCAGACUCAGGCACCAGAAAAAUCACAGCAAGGGAGUCCAGACAGCGACCAACUUGCAACAUUCUGCAGGAGCUGGAGAGCUAGUGACCAGGGACAGAGGCAUCCAGAAGAGCCCAGCUGCUGUUAUCCAGGAAGAAACCUUGUAUACCAUGGUGAAGGGAAGACAGAAUAAAGAGAGCAUGGAGCUGGACAUUAUGAACCAACAUGAGGAAAAUCACCCCAAAGAUUUGUAUGCUCAAGUGAAACCCUCCAGACUCAGAAGGGCAGAGCCCACCUCUCCUUCCCUCAUGCCAAAGGAACCGCUGGACUCAAACAACAGGCAGGCAAAAGAAGACAAAGUGAGAGACCAUCAGGCUGCUGCAUCCAAGGAGCCCAGUGAUGUGACCUAUGCCCAGCUGCACAUCAUGACUCCAAGACAGAGGCAGCUAAACCUCGCAUCUCUCAGGCCGAAAAGUGCCACUUGAGACACUACUCUGGUGUUUACCUGUCCAGAUCCAGGGAGAUCCAGACUCUGUAUUCUGUGGGGGAGGUAGGACUCAGGGAGAUCAGAAAAUAGAAUCUGCCACAGGUGGACAGCCAUUUUGCAGAUAUAUCACACAGAGUCUGGUAACUUUGGGGACUCAACCCAUUAUGUAGUCAGAGAUAAGUAAUAUCCCUGCAUUUUAUAAAUAAAGCAAAUACUUUGUCAGUAUUCAAUGGAUAAAAGAAAGAAAGCAGGAGUAAAGGAAGUUUCUGGUUUUGUUUUUGUGCUUUUCUUUGUUUUUUGCUUUUCUUUCAAAUUCAUAAUCUUUUUCAUUAAUUGUUAUUGCAUGUACAUGUGAAUAUGUAUAUACAAAGUUUGAAAAAAAUUUCCUCUGAAUAUAUAUGUGUGUGUGUGUGUGUGUGUGUGU